CGGCGGCGCAGCGCAGAGAGAGCCAUGGCCAGCGAUGGCGAGGGACGCGGGCAGACACCCGCCGCGGCCGCGGAGCCUGGCCUGAGGGAGCGGGGGCCCUAGAACCGACCCGACGGCGUCAUCCCACAACAGGGGGAAAAAAAAAAAAAAAAACAAAAAAAAAAAAAACCAAAACCAACAAAAAAAAAAGCCCCAAAUUAAUAAAUAACCAAAAAAAAAAAAAAAGAAAGGGAAAAGCCACCAGCCCGGCAGCACCGCCACCAGCCCGCAGCGCCCGCCCGCGGGAGGAACCGGCCCGCGGCCGCCGCGAAGAGCUCCGGGACGCCCCGCCGCCCACCAGAUAGAUGUGCGGUCCAGCCGCCCGCACGGCCGAGGAUGAACGCGCAGCUGGCGAUGGAGAACAUCGGCGAUCUGCACGGGGUGAGCCAUGAGCCGGUGCCCGCCGCCGCCGACCUGAUGAGCGGCAGCCCCCACCACCGGAGCGCGGUGGCCCACCGCGGCAGCCACCUGCCUGCCCACCCGCGCUCCAUGGGCAUGGCGUCCAUCCUCGACGGCGGCGACUACCACCACCACCACCGGCCGCCCGACCACGCGCUGACGGGCCCCCUGCACCCCACCAUGACCAUGGCCUGCGAGACACCCCCCGGCAUGAGCAUGAGCAGUACCUACACCACGUUAACCCCUCUGCAGCCUCUACCUCCCAUCUCGACGGUCUCGGACAAGUUCCCUCACCACCACCACCACCAUCACCACCACCACCACCCCCACCAGCGGAUACCGGGCAACGUGAGCGGCAGCUUCACGCUCAUGCGGGACGAGAGGGGUCUGGCGUCUAUGAACAAUCUCUACACCCCCUACCAUAAGGAUGUUACCGGCAUGGGGCAAAGCCUCUCUCCGUUGUCCGGAUCUGGCCUGGGGAGCAUCCACAACUCCCAGCAAGGGCUGCCCCACUACGCUCACCCCAGUGCCACCAUGCCCGCCGAGAAAAUGCUCACCCCAAACGGAUUUGAAGCCCACCACCCUGCCAUGUUAGCCAGGCAUGGCGACCAACACCUCACCCCCACCUCCGCUGGCAUGGUGCCUAUCAACGGGAUCCCACACCACCCCCAUGCCCACUUGAACGCCCAGAGCCACGGGCAGAUCCUGGGCUCUGCCAGGGAGCAAAACCCUUCCGUAACUGGUUCGCAGGUCAACAGUGGAAGUAAUUCAGGGCAAAUGGAAGAAAUCAAUACCAAAGAAGUAGCUCAGAGGAUCACCACCGAGCUCAAGCGGUACAGCAUCCCCCAGGCUAUCUUCGCCCAGAGGGUGCUGUGCCGUUCUCAAGGGACCCUCUCAGACCUGCUGAGGAACCCCAAGCCCUGGAGCAAGCUCAAAUCCGGCCGGGAGACCUUCCGCAGGAUGUGGAAGUGGCUCCAGGAGCCGGAAUUUCAGCGGAUGUCUGCUCUGCGGCUGGCAGCGUGCAAGAGGAAAGAACAAGAGCACGGGAAGGAUAGAGGGAAUACACCCAAAAAGCCUCGGUUGGUCUUCACGGAUGUCCAGCGUCGAACUCUACAUGCAAUAUUCAAGGAAAAUAAGCGUCCGUCCAAAGAAUUACAAAUCACCAUUUCCCAGCAGCUCGGGUUGGAGCUGAGCACCGUCAGCAACUUUUUCAUGAAUGCACGGAGGAGGAGUCUGGAUAAGUGGCAAGACGAGGGCAGCUCCAAUUCAGGCAACUCAUCUUCUUCAUCAAGCACUUGUACCAAAGCAUGAAGGAAUAACCACAAACUAAACCUCGGUGGAAAAGCUUUAAAAAUAAAUAAAUAAAUAAAUAAAUAAAGACAGACCAGGACCUCAAGAUAGCAGGUUUAUACUUAGAACUAUUUGAAAAAAAUGUUAUUUAUAAGUCCAAAGAAACCAAAGACUUAUUUCACCUGCAUUAUGACUUUGUUCUAAGACACACACUUUAGUAGGACGACGACUUGCAAAAAAACAGAGAGGAAGAAGAAAGCGAAAUGGAGGGGAUGAAACGGAAGGCAAAGAGAAGAGAAACAGACCACUGGUCUUACACCUUCGCCCAUGAUCAUCUUCACCGUACUUGGCUGUUUAGUGGUUUGGAGCAUAGUGAUUUCUUGUCAUUGAACAGACAUCUCUUCAGACAUGGCUCUUCAUUUCCACAGCAAUUGCCACGAAGGUGUAUGGUGUAUCCGUACUGCGUACACGCUGGUGGUUAGGGACUUAGUCAGGGCUGGUCUUCAGAGAGGGUUGUGCCAUGGCACGACCGACAAAGCGUGGAGUCGUCUGAAUUCAUUUGAACGGUAGUGUGAUUUUUUGCUGUUUCAUGGUUUGAACUUAACCGGUGCAACGGCUGGAAACAAGUUCAAACCAGGCAAAGAAAUUUUGAAUGGUACCUAAACCAGUGCAUUCUCUUUGUUUGUUAAGGAAUGUUCAGAUUUAAAAAAAGGAAAACUAUUCCAUCCAUUAAAAAAAAAAAAUCGACUAGCUACCAAAGAACACAUUUAAUAAUUAUAUUGCAGGUAUUUUAUUGCAAUGAUUUUAAUAUUCCAAAGCUAUUUUUACACAAAAUACUAUGUAGAGUUAUAGGUAUAAACUAAUCUAACUGUAUGACACAUAAAACUUGUAAUCAAGACUGUUAUUUGCAAUUAGUAAAACCACAUUAUUGUUUCUUUCCAUGAUUGGCAAGAAAGAAUGUCAUCGGAGGAGAUGGCAGCCCCCGCCGGAGCACAGGUACUGACGAUGGGAUGCUGCUUCCCUUGAAGUCAGCCAGCCUUUUUGUCGCUGACUUCAACGGGAGCAAAGGGAAAAAAAGAAAAAAAAAAAAAAAAAGGGGGAUACACACUGUUAGAGGCGCGUGUGCGACAGCGUGGUGCGGGCAGCCCCUCGGUGGGCUCUGCCAGGCCGGCCUUGCGGGAAGCGCGUUGGGCAGCGAGCGCCCUUCGCAAGCCCCGCGCUGUGUCGCUACAGCUCAGCUCUGCCACCUAGCCCGCAAACAGCAGACCUCGGGCUCCUCGUAUGCAAAAAUGAGAAGAACUGCGAAACGUAAGACCACAGGGCUCAGCGUCUGAUCAAUACUCAUUGACAUUA